AUGGUAGCAACCAAGGACCUGAGAGCGGAAGCCCUCUUUUCCAUGAAAGGCCAUGUGUGUCUCACCACAGGGGGCGGAACAGGAAUUGGCUUGAUGGCAACCCAAGCGCUCGCAGCCAACGGAGCGAAAGUCUACAUCACCGGCCGCCGCAUGGAAGCUCUCGAGAACGCAGCCAAAACCCACGAGCCCUCCCUGGGCGGUCAGAUCAUCCCCAUCGGACCUUGCGACGUGACCGAAAAGGAAGACCUCGAGAAGCUCGUCGCGGAGAUCGAGGGGAAGGAGAAGUACCUCAGCCUGCUCGUCUGCAGCGCCGGCAUCUCGGGCCCCAAGGCAGAGCCGGAGAGCGAGAAGGCUACGGAGUUGAAGAAGACGUUGUUUGAGGGGGAGAGCUUCGGGGAGUGGUCUGAUACGUUCAAAACCAACGUUUCUGCUGUCUACUUCACGACCGUGGCCUUCCUCCCGCUCCUCCAAGCAGGCCGCGAGUCCCACGGUCACCUGUCCGCCUCUGUCAUCGUCAUCUCGUCCAUGUCAGGCAUCAUGCGACACGCGCAAGGCCAUUUCAGUUACAACGCCGCCAAGGGCGCGACGGUCCAUCUGUCGAAGCUGAUGUCGUAUGAGUUCAAGAAGGCGGGGAUCAGAGUGAACAGUAUUGCGCCAGGCUACUUCCCGAGCGAGAUGACGACGGGGGAGAGUGGUGCGGAUCAGAAGAGCGAAUUGCCGGAUGAGAAGAUAGAAGAGAAGGGGCAUGUGCCUGCGAAUCGAGCGGGUAGUGACGAGGAGAUGGCGCAGGGGAUUAUAUUCCUGGCGAAGAACAAGUAUGUCAACGGGGAGGUGAUUGCCAUUGAUGGUGGUGUGUUGCUUGAGGUUCCUGGGAGAUGA